AUGCUUAUUGACAAGACCCUAGCAGCAUCGAUGGAGAAAACCAGGGAUAGAGGUAGGGUUGGCAACUGGGCAGAUCGGGGCCGAUUUCCCAGCAUUCGGAACCCUCCUGUUAGAGAUCCCCAGACUCUAGCCCGCCGGAACUACGAAGCGAAAGUCAGAGCGGCGAAGACUGCAGAGGCAGCUGGCGUGAACAACGCAGCAGAACCGUUGCAGUCGUCCGAGCCGGUUGAGGCGACCGACAAUGGCGAGAUCGAAGGAGGAGAUCUUGUGACUCCUGCCGCAGCCAUCGCACGACCUGCUGAAGCCAGGACGAGGGCGUCAUCACCACCAACUGCCAUCGCCAUUCCAACGACAACGACCGCGAAGGAAGGCGAGGAGAUUGUCUCGGAGCCUAAUUUGCCAUCAGCUGCCAUUCCUAACAUCAUCACCAUAAUCGACGAGCAAUCGAACCAUAGUGAAGCAGUCGUCGUACUUCCAUCAUCCAUUGCCAGAGAAGAAGUUCAGGCAGUCGAAAUUCCAUGCGAACAACAGCUGCUGCCGACAUCGACCUCCACACUCGACCACCUUGCCUCGCCGGCAUCACCAACCACCGUCGCUGCUGCUUCAAGGACUGCAAUCACCUCGGUCGUGGCAGAAGAGUCAUUCGCAGAGAAGAUUGAAUCCAAUCUGAAGGUGGAGGAGGUAUUGCAGGUAAAUCUCAAAGAGGUUGAACCUCUAAUUGGGAAUUUGUUGGUGAAGAGUUCUAGGUUCAAUUGGAAGUUCCGGAAGAAGUUGAAGCCCGAUGAAGAUGAGAAGCCGGCGUUGCAUCAAUUGGGACCGGUUGUCGAGGAGAAGUUGAAGUCGACGGCGGAAGUCGAGCAGUCCCCACGAUUUGCUCCCUUCGUGGCGUCGAGGAUGAGGUCGGGAUCGGACCGGCAGCCUUGCCGUCGGAUGGAUUGUUCGCCGCCGGAGAAAGAAGAAGCGAGGGGUCAGGAGAUACUGUCCUGUUCGUCGAGGAGGAAGGCGCCGCAAAAACCAUCGGCGUCGGAGCAGGAGGAGACGGAGAAGGAAUCGUCAGAAAAUGUGAACCUGGCGGUGGAUUCGGUCGAGAGAUUGAAGACGACUUCCAGGCAUGCGACGUCGGUUGGGAGAGUGGAGCUGACGUCGCUCGCUACUGCUGCUCCAAUCUCCUCUGAUCAGCUGGAGGCUUGCCCAUGGCAAGAGGUCGAGGUGAAGAAAGCAUCGCCGUCGUGGAAAAAGAAGGUGACGAAGGAGGAGGGCGGCGGCGGGUUCCUUGGUCUCGCAAAUCUCCCGCUGCCUCUCGCCCUAACCCGCAUAGCCCAGCAGCCGCCAUCAGAGAACGAGUUGCAGAGGCUGGUCAACAAGAAUACGAAGCCAAGGGCGAGCUCUGCGACUCUCUUUGCAGCGACAUCGAACGGGAAGUCGUUCGUGGCGACGCCGACGGGAAGAGGGAAGACGGAGUCGUCGGGAGGUGAGUUUGGGAAAACGGACCCGAGGACAAUGGUUGCCGGCUCGAGUUCGUCUCUCCACCGCCUAGGGAAGCCAUCGCCGCCGGAGAAGAGGGUACCGGAGAUGGAGGAACAGAAGAAGUUGGCUGCGACGGUCGGUGCUACGAGGGAGAAGAAGGCGGAGGAGGAUUGCGGCCGCUGGUUCUCUCUUCUUGUGAACCCUAGGUCGUGUUCCCCGUUGGGCCGAAGCACUUGGGCCGAGAGUUUGCUAUGCUCUGAGGAAGUGGGCCAUGAGUUGGCGCAGGAGUGGAAGAUCGGUGGGCCGAUGUUAGUGGCCCGACUAAACUUGGGUUACGAACGGCUAAGGAGGAAGGAGGACACUGGGUCAUGCCUCGGUCUAGAAGUGAUGAUGGACCGGGUCCAUGGGGACCGGACAGAUGAGCGAAGCGGGCCGAGGUCAGGAUUGCUUGAGAACAGGUCAAACAAAGCAGGUGCAAUGGGCUUCACAUACAAGCCUGGGCCGCACCUCUGGAAGAUAAAUGGGCAACUUAUGGGUUGUAUUUUUGGAUCUAGUAUUCAGGGCAUGAAUUGGAAAGAAGACACAGAGGGAGAGGUGCUCAUUGGCAAGAUCCCUGAGCUGGUGGAGAAAAGUAAGGAUAAAGGUAAAGAAGAGAGCAACAUCCCGUCGUCGGCAUGUUCGUCAGGUUCUGUUCUGGCCAGGCUUGACGUCGCGCCCAAGUCGCUUUGGACGCCAGAUCUUCAUGGGCUUUUCGUUGAAUGCGUUAAUGCACUUGGCGUUCCACAAAAGCAUCCGAGGGUCAAACUACUCGGACUUACGGAAUAUUUUUUACAAUUUGCGAGCACGUUAGCACCCACCAUAUUCAUCGACAAUUGGAUUGUAGCCAAAGGUGGAAGCCCUGUCAGGAUUGAGCUCUUGGAUGCUUCGAUCAAUGAAAUUGUCACAUUAUGGCCUUUUGCUUCCUUGGAAAUCGAGGUUGUUGUUCUUAAUGGCGAAUUUGUCUCUGAAGAUUGGUCCGAUCGAGAUUUUGGGAACAAUGUGGUUAGAGCAAGAGAUGUGAAGAGGCCUCUGGUGACUCGAGAGCUCAACGUUUGGCUGAGAAAUGGAGUGGGCAAGCUUAGUAAUGAGGCUUUCACUGAUAACUCCAGCUGGAAAAAGUGUAGAAAUUUCAGGCUAGGAGCUAGAGUCGUGCAGAAGUACAGUGCUUCAAGGGAAGUUAUUCGGGUUAAAGAAGCCAGAAGUGCACCAUUCGUCGUUAAAGAUCAUCGUGGAUGUGAGUAA